AUGACCAGCAUCCUGAAAGAAAUGGCCAAGGAGAUGGCCGAGGGCAAGGUGUACCGCUGGCCGGGAGCCCCGCCGGGGAUCCCCACCGAAGCGCAGCUGUGGGAGGGGCAGACUGACGUGGUGGCCGAUGACCCUCCCAUUGGGGGCAAGUUCGGAGAUGUGAAGUCGGACGUUGCGCCUUGGAACUACCGCCCCGGCAGCGUGGCGCAGGCCACCAUCUGGGGCGCCCAUCCCCGCAACAAUCUCCGCCGGAACUCCACCUUCGUGUCGGUGUGGCGUUCGGAGGACGGCAAGUCGAACUGGAAGAUGGUAGCGGAUGAUAACGACUGGGAGUUGAGCUUCGAGUGGAAGCGUGUAGGCAUCUCCGCAAGUACGGUGACCAUCACUUGGGAGAUCCCUGCGGACGUGAAGCCGGGCUUCUACUCGCUGCAUUACAGUGGUGAAGCCAAACACAUGGGCAGCAUCAAAACAAUCAGUGGCCGCAGCCGCGUCUUCCCAGUGGAGGGCCUGCCGGAAGUGAACGUGACGAUGCAGUGA